AAGAAACAAAGAGGGAAGAAGAACCCUUGGCCCGUCUCCCUUCUUCCAAUCGCAGAGAUCGCUGCCGCGGGGCGGCGAUCGAUCGAUCGAUCGAUUGAUCGAGGGCUAGGAUCGGGGAGAUCGGGUAUGGGGCAGCAGUCGUUGAUCUACAGCUUCGUCGCCCGGGGCACGGUGAUCCUGGCGGAGUACACGGAGUUCCAAGGCAACUUCACCGGCAUAGCCGCUCAGUGCCUUCAGAAGCUCCCUUCCAGUAACAACCGGUUCACCUACAACGGCGACGGCCACACUUUCAAUUACCUCGUCGAGGAUGGAUACACAUACUGUGUUGUUGCUGUCGAGUCUGUUGGGAGGCAAAUUCCCAUUGCCUUCCUAGAUAGGAUCAAGGAGGAUUUUAACAAAAGAUACGGAGGAGGUAAAGCUGCAACAGCUAGGGCCAACAGCCUCAACCGAGAGUUUGGGUCUAAGCUUAAGGAGCACAUGCAAUACUGUGUGGACCACCCUGAGGAGAUAAGCAAGCUGGCCAAGGUGAAAGCUCAGGUUUCAGAAGUCAAAGGGGUUAUGAUGGAAAACAUCGAGAAGGUUCUUGAACGUGGGGAGAAAAUCGAGCUGCUUGUUGACAAAACAGAAAACCUUCGUUCUCAGGCACAAGAUUUCAGGCAGCAAGACAAAGAUGAGGAGGAAGAUGUGGAUGAAGAAUAUGAAGAUAAAGCUGAUUGUCUUGGGCAUUAUCAUUGCACUGAUCCUCAUCAUAAUCUUGUCCGUUUGCCAUGGCUUCAAAUGCUGAUAUAAACUGUCAUGCUUCCACUAUUAUUGCCCCUUCUAGGUGCUUUUCAGUUUAGAAAUUUCAUUUACUUCUUACAUAAACAGAUCGUUUGUUUACGAUUUUGUGGGUUAGCCGUCUCCCAUACGUAAAAAGUACUCCUGUUCUAUAAUCUUGUCCAUCUGAUGAAUGGAUUGAUGCCUUAUGUUUGAUAUAUGCAUGUAUGGCCUGAACGCAAUUCUAAAGUAGCUUUGUUGUCCUUUAUCAUUAGGUCAUGAAUGCAAUUCAAAAAUGUCUUUGGGUUU